GUUCUCGGUGACGCGACGGAGGUGUAGCCUGACGCGGCCUCUUACGUGUCGGCCCGAAUAAAAGUGGAGCUCCGCGGGCUCGGGAGUGACGGAAGGAGUCUGUAUCGCUAACUCAAUGACCAUGGAGUCAGGAACCGAGGCCCAGCAGGGUGCAGACACAGCCGUGGCUGAGACUGAGACGCAGCAUAUCACCCAGGCUCAGAUCGCCACGCUCGCCCAGGUGACGGUGGGUGCAGGACAUACCACCACUACUGGGCCCACGGUCACCCUGGUGCAGCUGCCCAACGGCCAGACGGUGCAGGUACACGGGGUGAUACAGGCAGCCCAGCCCUCUGUCAUCCAGUCCCCGCAGGUGCAGACAGUCCAGAUUUCUACAGUAGCAGAGAGUGAGGACUCGCAGGGGUCUGUGGACAGCGUGACUGACUCUCAGAAGCGCAGGGAGAUCCUCUCCAGACGUCCGUCUUACAGGAAGAUCCUGAAUGACUUGUCGUCGGACGCCCCAGGAGUGCCGCGAAUCGAAGAGGAGAAGUCCGAGGAAGACGCGGCGCCUGCCAUCACAACCGUUACUGUGCCGACUCCCAUUUACCAGACCAGCAGUGGCCAGUACAUUGCUAUCACGCAGGGUGGUGCCAUCCAGCUGGCCAAUAACGGCACGGACGGCGUGCAGGGGCUGCAGACCCUCACCAUGACCAACGCGGCGGCCGCCCAGCCGGGCACCACCAUCCUGCAGUACGCCCAGACCAGCGACGGGCAGCAGAUCCUGGUCCCUAGCAACCAGGUGGUGGUGCAAGCCGCCUCGGGAGACGUUCAGGCGUACCAGAUCCGCACUGCGCCAGCGAGCACCAUCGCUCCGGGCGUGGUCAUGGCGUCAUCGCCUGCCCUUCCCAACCAGGGAAGCGCUGAAGAAGCCACACGCAAGAGGGAGGUGCGGCUCAUGAAGAACAGGGAGGCUGCUCGUGAAUGCCGUCGGAAGAAGAAGGAAUACGUCAAGUGUCUGGAAAAUCGUGUCGCUGUUUUGGAGAACCAGAACAAAACUCUCAUCGAGGAGCUCAAAGCCCUGAAAGACCUAUACUGUCAUAAAUCUGAGUAACAACCUCUCCCAUGUUUCAUCCUCCAUCUCGGUGGACCCACACGGAUAUAUGUAGAGACUUUCUGAGCUCUCCCUGGACCGACACGCAUGUUUUCUAAAUGUACUUUUUCUUAAAAACAAACAAACAAAAUGCUUCAGACUGCCUGGAGGAACACAAGAACAUGCAGGGACACGCACCCCUUGUUUAAAAUCUCAUCAGCACCAAUGGAUGGCGUCACGACGGAGGAAUUGGCUGAAAGCGUUACAAGGCUACGAUGGAGGAGUUCCCCCUUACUUAGCUCACCAGGCUUGUUGGGAAAUGUGUUGUUUCUGACAUGCUGGCUCGGUGGUUUGACUUGGUGAGCAUGGAAAGGAAUUUGUUAAAUCUAAAUUUGUUAAACAAAUAUAUUUUAAGAGGUGUAAGCAACUCAGUGCUAUUUAAAUUAUCGAAUCAACUCUAAGUGGAGUAAGUCGGAAAAAUCUCAUCUUAAAUGGGAAAAGAUCUUUUUUUCCGAUGUGUCAGAGUUACAACUAUAUUUGUCCGACUGUUAUUAAUAUUUGGUGUCAAAUACUUGAGUUAUCCUGUUUUGCUUGUUUUGUUUUUUUAAUAACCUUCUUUCAUGUCUACCAUAAAUGUUGGUAAAUUUACUUUCAAUGCCUCGUAAACUAUAACUGUACAAAAAUAGAUUUAGAGAAUAUAAGGCAUUUAUAAAUGAAGAUAUAAGUAUUAUCUGUAUGACGUUAUUCUAGCCGUGUACAUUUUGUGUUUGAUUAAUGAUUGUAUUUUGUUCCUGCCAAUAGUAUCUGAAUCCACUGCCCCAACAAUCUUAUCAUCACCACUAGUAUUGAAUGUGUGCUGGUGUUCCAGCACCAGUUAUCCUGAUUUCCAGGCACACUCGAAAAUAGCUUAACAUUUUAUAGCCAACUCUGCCUUUGUGAGCCAGACCCUUUUUGCGAAUGUCCAAGGGGUUGACUGUGAAGUGCUUUAUGUGAGGUGGCGUUUGUGUGCACUAAUACAAACCGAUCAGAUUCUCCUGUACGUGGUUCCCUAAUGAAAUGUUCAGAGGAUCCAGAAACGUUGGCAGCACUGAACAUGGCCAGAAUCAGAGUUGUUGCGAGGUGGGGGUGGAUCUGGCCUGCCCUGCUUCUGGUGCCCUGCCACAAUAAUUAUCAGCCCUAAAGUCGUCUGUUGGGCUUAUGUUAGGCAUUUGGCGCCCAAAAUUAACAUGUCACAAAAUAACGAGAAGUGAUUCCCUAAGGAUAUGGUAAAAUAUGGUUAAUAUUUUUACAUUUCAUUGACUUUUUAAAUUUUAUUUCAUGAUUCAACUUUAAAUCGUUUGAAUUAAUUGUGGAGGUUUUUUUCUUAACCUGUAUAAUGAGUAUUAAUAUCUCUUUGGCAUUGCAGCAUGUUUAAAAUUGUUUUGUAUAUCAUUUUUAACUUUGAUAUCUCUAUGGUUUUUUGCAUUAUGUCACAAUGGAUAUGGAUUUGAUGUCUGUAUUUGAUGCAUCAACACAUAAAUAGAGGGUACAAAUAUGUCAUUAGUCUACCAUGACUGUUGCAUUUCUGGCAGCUAUUUCAUAAAAAAAAACCAGUGUGUGUAAA